AUGUCGAGCGACAAGCCUGAAGUUACUGAAGUAGGCAUGGUGGCCUCACCCGCUGCCACAAAACCUAGCUUCAAAUCUCGCGUGGCGGCCCACUUUAAGAAAUGGUGGUGGGCGCACCUCAUCGCAUUCGUUGUAGUGGUGCUCGUCGUGGCCCUUCCGGUGGUAUAUGUCGGCUAUCCGAACAUCGCACAGGACAACAUUAACGACUCGAAAUUGGAAGUCAAGUCGAUGGUUAUCAGUGAGCCGACACCGAAUUCGUUCCAUGUGGACCAGCAGCAGGUCAUCUGGACGGAUAGCGUGUUUCACCCAACCAUCUAUAGCUUUAACGCAAGUGUUGGUCUACUGGGCGCAGCUGCAUUCGGUGUCGCGACUAUUCCGCAACUUAAGUCUAGGGACGGGGUCGAGGUGCAUGUAGAUCAGCGCCUUGACUUGACUGAUGUGUCCGCAUUUGGCGACUUCGCUACGGCCGUGAUGCAGAAUGAAUAUGUCGACCUCAAUGUUUACGGGAAGCCGGAUUUGAAGCAGGGAGCUUUGCCGAAGAUCACCGUGACGUACAACCACACCGCUACUAUGAAGGGUAUGUUUGUAGACGAACGCCUAAACAAGCUUAAGGGAUUCUCGCUGUCUGGCAUGCAUCUUACCACGAAGGCAUCCGACGGAACGAACACCCAGGGACAGGUUCUGAUCCCCAACCCGUCGGUGAUGACGAUCAGCUUGGGCAAUGUGACCCUCGAUCUCUCUGUGAAUGGAACCGCCAUUGGGGAAUCGUACAUCCAGGAUCUCGUGUUGAAACCUGGUAAUAACACAUUCGAUAUGAGAGCCAAAGUGGACCAACUGGCCAUCAUUGGUAUGAUGAAGAAAUACCCGGGUACGGUUGUCCCCGUGGAUAUCACCGGCUCCGAGACCAACUCGAGCGUGUACGAUGGCCAGGCUCUCUCAUACUUCUCGCGGGCUUUGGCAUCGAACAAACUACGGGUCGAUCUGAACAUUACCGAGGUGGUGGGCUCGAGUUCGAGUUUGAGCUAG